AUGAUUCACGACAUCAACGUCGUGCUGAUCGGAGACUCCGACGUCGGAAAGGCUACACUCGCGGAGACUCUCAGGCAAGGGGUUCAGAGCCAUGGAGGGGGCGUCGGGCCCGGGCGGGAGCCCCUCGUCUCUGUCUGCGGCGAGAGCUGCCGCAUGAAGAUCACGGACGUCGUGGAACCCUGCGACGCGGGAGACACGGACGCCACGACGCCGCCAUGGCCGCGGAGCGCCGCGGACCCGGACGUGUGCGUGGUGUGCUACGACGUGUCCCGUCCCGAGACGUUUGCGCGCAUUGACUCGCACUGGCUGCCGCGGCUAGCGAACGCGUCUCCGCGGCCCGCUCCGGGCGAGCCGCGCCCGCCCAGGACGCCCGUCAUCCUCGCGGGGCUCAAGCGCGACCUCGCGGGGGACCUCACCGCCCAAGGCCCGGACAGGCUGUCGUCGGCGGCGCGACCAGUACUUGACAGGUGGCGGGAGGUGGAGUAUUGUCUCGAGUGUUCCGCGCAGCAGCGGAGCCACGUGACGGACCUCGCGCAGGUGACGUGCCGCGCCGCGCUGUUCCCGACGCGCCCGCUCGUGGAGCAGAGCCGCGACGCCGCGGGGGGCCGCCCGCGCCCGGUGCUGACGCGCGCGUGCUGGCGGGCCAUCGAACGUGUCUUCCGCGAACUCGACACGUACCGCGCGGGCGUGCUCAGCGAGAAGGAGGUCAACGAGCUCCAGGUGCGUUCGUUCGGCACCCCGCUGACGCACGCGCAGUACGGCGAGCUGUUGCAACUUGUGCAAGAGGUCGACGACGCCGGCGUCGCUGCCGUCCCCGUCAACCUCGUGGCCUCGCCCGUCAAGGACGCGCCCGCCGCGCCGCCCGUCGGACUCACGCUCGCCGGCUUCGGGGCCCUGAUCGGCAUCAUGGUCGGGAACGGCUCCGCGGACGCGGUGUGGCGCAUCCUGUUCGACCACGGCUACGACCGCCGGCUGCGGAUAUCGCAGCAGGUGAUUUCCAAGGGCCUCGAGCCGUUGAGACCCACGGGCCGCGGCCGGGACGGCCGCAGGCGCACUGCGGAGCUGUCGCCGACGUCGGUGGCGCUGCUCGAGCGCGUCUUCCACCGGUUCGAUUCGUCCGGGUGCGGAACGCUCUCCGUCGAGGAUGUCGAGGCCCAAUUCCUGACGCGGUGGGACCUAUUGGCGUUCGACGACCCGGCGUCCUGCGUGGAGCACCUCGUGCUCGUGGGGCUGCCCGCCGCGCUCGCGAACCUCGCGCUCGAGGACCGCAACCCCCCCGGCGUCCUCGCGGCGGCCCAGCGCCUGCUCAUUCGCGCCGGCGCCGCCCCGGGAAAGCCGCCGCCGCCGGUCGGCGGCACGGCGGCGCUGAUCAGCGCGAUGUUGGGCGCCCCGACGGGAAACACCCCCGAGUAUGACAGCGAAGGCCCCCACGACGUGGCCGCCGGCGGCGGCGCGGACGCGGACCCGCGGCCGUGCGCGGCGCUCGAGGCGCUCGAGCCUGCGGGCGUCGGGUCCAUCGUGCGACAGACGCUCGUCGUCGACGCCUGCGACGUCCCGCGGGAGACACGCGGCUCCGUGCUGCGGCGGGCCGUCGCGUGGACGGCCGCGCUGGUCGGACUGGCAGCUGGGCCGCCGCGGCUCGCGCCUGACGUGGCGGUCAUAGCGUACGCGGACACCCCAAGACUUGGCAGCACACGCGACGGGAGUCGGGCGGGGGAGAGCGGGGACGCGCGCGACGGGCUGAGCGCGGCGCUGGCGGCGGCGGCGCGGGCGCGCAAGCGGCUGGCGCGCGGCGUGCCGGUGCUGAUUGUGGCGCUCGGCCCGUCGCCGUCGGUCAGCGGAUCGGCGCGGGAUGCUUUGGCGUGCCGGCUGGCAGGGGAGCGGCCGGCGCUGCGGGCGCCGCUGAAGAACCCGCAGCAGGACGUCGCGUGCGUCGUGCGGGCGAUGCAGGAGGUUGCGUUCGGAUGGGGGGAGGGGCGCUGGGGGGGUGUGGGGCAUCCGGCGGGGGGGGGAGUGUGGGUGGGGCCGGCGGACAAGGUGGCGCGGUCGCCGACGCGCGGGCGGCCCGUGCGGCUGAGCCGGUGUUUGGCCGCGGAGCGGCGGUCCUGGGGCGGUUCCGCCGCGUGGCAGCUUUGUGCGUGGUGCACGGUGGGCGGCGUGGUGGCGUGGGCGGUGUGGCGCGCGGUGGACCGGAAGGGCGGGGGCGGGCUGGAGGAAGCGGGCGAGGCGGUCGUCGAGAUCGGCGCGGAGGCGGGGGAGCCCGGAGUUGGGGCGGUUGCGGGACGGUGGGUCGGUGAGCAGUGGCUGGCGCUGAAGGCGGUGCCGGAGAAGGUGAUCGAGGCCGUGAUGGGACGCGGUUGA